AUGUACCUUCUCCUGCCAAUUCCUCCCACCCAUCCCCACUUCCGGCCGGUGCUGGGACCCGGUGAAGCCGAUGGGGCACUGCUUUCCGGUUUGCGCCACACCGAUUUCGCGGCGCACGAGAUCAAAUUCGCUGACAUGGCGCUGGCGAUCAGGGCCGCCGAGGAGGAGCUGGGCACGGCGGAAAUUGUAGGGAUUAGAGCAGGC